GUUGAUAUCACUGGAGAUCCAGAGAAAUCAAGGUUGGAGGUGUUUGCACAAGCCAAUAACAGUUUGGCAGGGAAUCCAUAUUCUGUUCUUAGUCCUGAUCAAAAUGAUAGUGCAGACAGUGACAAUGCAAGUGAAGCAGCUGAAAGUGUCCUUGCCAUCUCAGCCUUCAACAACCACCAAUAUUUUGAGCUGGAACAAAGCAUGAGUGUCAUUUUGGAAGAACUCCACAGGAGUCAGACAUGUCCAGUGAAGAGGUUGUGAAAGAACAUAGUGAGUCUGGCGAGUGGAGUUUAGGUGAAAAUGAACCGUAUGAGACUACUGAUGGUACUCAACAUUUUAAUGAAGCUAGCAUGGACAUCAGCUCUGAGGAAGAGGAGAGGACACUGACAAUGAUUGAUCCUCUAUAUGGUGACAGUUUUGUCAGUAGCCAAUCCAAUGAGGAUGAAUGUGUAGCUGGUGAUGAGCCUGGUCCACAGCCAGAGGAGCAGGUGGUUGAAGGCUCAAAGUCAGUAGAGAAAAACAAAGAGAAAACCUUGAAAAAGCUAGAAGAAGCAUUUUCUCAGUUGACUGAUGUGAAAGACCUGAAGGCAUACCUUGCUUUAUACUCGCGCAUGAGGGUGAUU